UCAUAACAUCUUAGUGUCCAGUGUAGUGUUGGUCAACCUGCUUGCUACUCAACGAUUUGACUUGUUACAAUAGUUUUUUGAGCUACAAGAAUGAAAAAUAUUGUUGGACUACUAUUGAUAGCCACAGCGUUGGCUUAUCCUGUAGCGGAAAAUGAAGAAAAGGCAAAUCUACCUCUAGUCAUUACGGACUAUUCAUCUGUAGCUGAGGGACAGCAAAAACAAGCGGCACAAGACUCAAAUGAAUCUGCUUCAACCUCAUCAGAAAGCCAAGAAUCAGCAGAAAAUGCAAGUUCAGAAGCUCAGCUUGUAGCGCAAGAACCUAGCAGUCAAGCUUCUAAUGAAAAUUCAGGAGAAGAAAAAAAACCUCUCGAACAACCAGCUGCUCAACCACUGAAAGAAGAGGCCAAGGCAGAGGCUCCAGCUACCAGCGAACAACUACCAACUGUAAAAUCAAUGACAGCUGAAAAACAAGCAGAAUCAGUUGCUCCAACUCAAGAAACAGUUUCUGAAGUAUCAGCUACUUCCGAUGCUACAACUGAAAAGGAUCAACAACAGCAGCUUCCUUCUGAAGAAAAACCAUUAGCCCUGCCAGCAAAAGCUGAAGAAUCGCCUGAAGAAUCUCCAAACGCAGCCGCUACUGAAAUCAAAGAAGAAGUUAUUUUACCAAGUGAACAAAAAUUAGAGAUAAGUCCAGCUGCAGAAGAAAAAAUACCUGAACUUAAAACAGCCGAAGCCUCACCUGUGGCUGAGGCAAAUACAGAACAAAUUGAAAAUAAAAAAGAUGUAGCUUCAGCCGAAGUUAAGCCCGACUCUGAAAAAAAAGCUAAAUCAGGUGAAGCACAACAAUCAGGGGAACAAAACUCUGGAGAAAAACCAGAAUCACAAGAACAGGUAUCUGAGGAGCAAAAGCCCCUACAACCUCAAGAACAACAACCAGAACAGGAUCAACAGAAGCAGCAACCAAAGGAGCAAAAGCCAGAACAAGAAGAACAACAACCACAAGACCAACAAGCACAAGAACAACAAUCUCAGCAAGCACAAGAAUUGCCACUAGAAAAACCUCAACAGGCACAGGAUCAGCAACCACAGGAACAACAGCAAAAAUCACAAAAGCAACCACAAGAACAACCCCAAGAACAGCCACAACAGCAACAGGAACAGAAGCAGCAAGCCCAGGAACAGCUGCCCCAGCAAGUAACUCCACAAAAUUCUGAACCAGCCAAACCAGACCAAUUAUCUGAAUCCAGUGCACCAAGUUCUUGAAUUUUUCGUUAAGGAAAAUUUUUAACUGACUGAUGAGGUCCGCUUGCCCUUUUGUUCGAUUCCCACUUAACUAUUUUUCUCUUUUUGAACAACUGGGUCUACCGGCCCUCGCCUAAUUUUAUUAUUUAUGUGUGCUCAAUUAAUAGGGAUCGAAUAUUUAAAUAGGUACCGAAACGUCCGCCGUGUUUUGUUGUAAAAACCGUGUUGUUUUUAUUUUUAUUAUAUUAUAUUUUGUCUGUUUUAUUCUUAUUUUGACUAGUGAAAUAAUUGGAUUUAUAUGUUUAGAUAUACCUAGACAUGAAAAUAAUUAAAUUUAUCCUAGACACAUUUAAUUU